AUGAAGGGGGUAACUUUCAUCUGUGUUCUCUUUCUUGUCAGCUCUGCUUCCUCCAGGGGCCUGUUUCGUCGAGAUGCACACAAGAGUGAGCUUGCUCAUCGGUUCAAGGAUCUGGGAGAAGAGCAUUUCAAGGGCCUGGUGCUGGUUACCUUUUCUCAGUAUCUCCAGCAGUGCCCAUUUGAAGAGCAUGUAAAAUUAGCAAAGGAAGUAACUGAUUUUGCAAAAACAUGUGCUGCUGAUGAGUCAGCUGAAAAUUGUGGAAAGUCACUUCACACCCUUCUGGGAGAUAAACUGUGUACAGUCGCAUCUCUUCGAUCCACCUAUGGGGACAUGGCUGACUGCUGCGAGAAACAAGAGCCCGAGAGGAACGAGUGCUUCCUGAAACACAAGGACGACAACCCCAACCUCCCCGCACUGGUGAGGCCAGAGCCUGAGGCCCUGUGCACCUCCUUCAAGGAAAAUGAGCAGAAGUUCCUGGGAAAUUACCUAUAUGAAGUUGCCAGAAGAAAUCCUUACUUUUAUGGCCCAGAGCUUCUUUACUAUGCUCAAGAAUAUAAAGGAGUUUUGACAGAAUGCUGUGAAGCUGCUGAUAAAGCUGCCUGCCUGGGACCAAAGAUGGAUGCUCUGAAGGAAAGAGUACUGACUUCAGCUGUCAAACAGAGAAUGAAGUGCUCCAGUCUCCAAAAAUUCGGAGAUAGAGCUUUCAAAGCAUGGUCUGUAGCUCGUCUGAGCCAGAGAUUUCCCAAUGCUGACUUUAUGGAGGUUUCCAAGAUGGUGAAUGAUCUUACCAAAAUCCACAAAGAAUGCUGCCAGGGUGACCUGCUUGAAUGUGCAGAUGACAGGGCGGAUCUUGCCAAGUACAUGUGUGAAAAUCAAGAAUCAGUCUCCAGUAAAUUGAAGGAAUGCUGUGCUAAGCCUCUGUUGGAAAAAUCCCACUGCCUUUCUGAGGUGGAAAAUGAUGACUUGCCUAGCGAUUUGGCCCCGAUAAAUGCUGAUUAUGUUGACGAUAAGGAAGUUUGCAAAAACUACAAAGAGGCAAAAGAUGUCUUCCUGGGCACGUUUUUGUAUGAGUACUCAAGAAGACAUCCUGACUAUGCUGUGUCAUUGAUACUGAGACUUGCCAAGAAAUAUGAAGCUACACUGGAGAAGUGCUGUGCCACCGAUGAUCCUCAUGCAUGCUAUUCCAAAGUGUUGGAUGAACUUCAGCCUCUUGUGGAUGAGUCAAAGGAAUUAGUCAAGAAAAACUGUGAAGUUUAUGAAAGCCUUGGAGAGUAUGGCUUCCAAAAUGCCCUGGUGGUGCGUUACACCAAGAGGGCACCCAAAGUAUCGACUCCAACUCUUGUGGAUCUCUCAAGAAAACUAGGACGAGUGGGCAGCAAGUGUUGUAAGCUUCCUGAGUCAAAAAGAAUGGGUUGUGCUGAAGACUAUCUGUCCCUGGUCUUGAAUGGGUUAUGUGUGGCCCACGAGAAGACACCAGUGAGUGACAGAGUUACCAAAUGCUGCACAGAGUCAUUGGUGAACAGACGGCCAUGCUUUUCUUCUCUGGGAGAUGAUGAUACCUAUGUUCCCAAAGAAUUUAAUGCUGAAACGUUCACCUUCCAUGCAGAUGUAUGCACACUUCCCGAGACUGAGCAACAAGUGAAGAAACAAACUUUACUUGUGGAGCUGUUGAAACACAAGCCCAAGGCAACCGAUGAAAAACUGAAAACUGUUACGGAUAAUUUCUCAGCUUUUCUACAGAAGUGCUGCGCAGCUGCUGACAAAGAGGCCUGCUUUUCUGAGGAGGGUCCAAAACUUGUUGCUUCAAGUCAAGCUGUCUUAGCCUAA